CAUAUUUCGCUUUCCAGCCAAAGAAAGAGAAUCGAAAGAAUCCUUCUUCUUACAAACACUUCUUCACACACCUCUUCACCCACAUUCCCUCCUCUUGUUUUGCUCUACCCAUUCCCCCCCAUCGUUCUGACAGUUCUUCUGUCAACACUGCGCCCGUCAUGGAAGCCCUACUACACCAGUCCAAGGGCGUCUGUCCUUUCUUGAAGAAAACCUCGCCUGCGACUCUCCGCUCUCUCUCCACCUCGAGCCGCCAGUCGCCAGGUGGUGGCACCAUCACCAACCUGCAAUUCAUUGCUCGACGAUGCCCUGUCAUGAACAAGGCUCUGGCGGUCCAGAGUGCUCGUCUUGGUCAACGCAACUAUGGCAAGGUCGCCACCGGCACUGGUGUCGUCAAGUCGUUGUUGGAGAAGAAAUUGCACACCUCGGCUGAGAAAAAGGCCAGUGUUGACACCAACAUGAUCCGUCCGGCUCAGCACGCACCUCCCCCACAAAAGGCGCAAUCGUUCGUCAAGAAGCCAGACACCUACGCCGGCCCCAGGCCCAAUGCCCCACCAGCUCCGCGCUUCGACUAUGAUGCUUUCUACAACCAUGAACUCGAGAAGAAGCACAAGGACAAGUCGUAUCGCUACUUCAACAACAUCAAUCGCCUUGCGAAGGAAUUCCCACGAGCCCACAUGGCCGGCCCGGAAGAGCGGGUGACGGUCUGGUGCUCCAAUGACUACCUCGGUAUGGGUCGCAACAAGCAUGUCCUGAAGACCAUGCACGAAACUCUGGACAUGUAUGGAGCUGGUGCCGGAGGAACUAGAAACAUUUCCGGCCACAAUCAGCAUGCUGUGGCCCUGGAAAAGACAUUGGCCGAUCUUCAUGGCAAGGACGGAGCUCUGGUCUUCUCGUCCUGCUACGUCGCCAACGACGCUACGUUGGCGACCCUGGGCAGCAAAUUGCCCGACUGUGUCAUCCUCAGUGAUAGCAUGAACCAUGCAUCAAUGAUCCAAGGUAUUCGUCACUCGGGUGCCAAAAAGAUGGUCUUUAAACAUAAUGACCUCGUCGACCUUGAAGCCAAACUGGCUACUCUCCCACCCGAACAACCCAAAAUCAUCGCCUUUGAAUCUGUCUACAGCAUGUGCGGCUCAGUCGCACCUAUCGAGGCCAUCUGUGACUUGGCCGACAAGUACGGCGCUAUUACCUUCUUGGAUGAAGUCCAUGCUGUUGGCAUGUACGGGCCGAGAGGUGCUGGUGUGGCCGAGCACCUUGACUAUGAAGUCUACGCAAACCCUACCCGAACCAAGGAAUCUCAGAAGGGCAGUGUCAUGGACAGAAUCGACAUUAUCACUGGUACACUGGGUAAAGCGUAUGGUUGUGUUGGUGGCUACAUCGCUGGCUCCGCUGCUCUCGUUGAUGCUAUCCGAUCCCUUGCACCUGGCUUCAUCUUCACCACCAGUCUCCCACCUGCAACCAUGGCCGGAGCUCGUACAGCGAUUGAAUAUCAGGCAAGGUACCAAGGUGAUCGUCGCCUUCAACAAUUGCACACCCGAGCAUUGAAGGACGAGUUGACCGGCCGUGGAAUUCCUGUCAUUCCCAACCCUUCGCACAUUGUUCCUGUCCUGGUCGGUGACGCAGAAACUGCCAAGCAAGCUUCUGACAUGCUCCUGUCUGACUACGGCAUCUACGUCCAAUCAAUCAACUACCCGACCGUCCCUCGUGGCGAGGAGAGACUCCGUAUCACUCCUACCCCAGGCCACACUGACGGCCUCCGGGCUGAACUCGUCGAUGCGCUGGAGAACGUCUGGGAGCGCCUCAACAUCAAGCGUGUCGCGGAUUGGGAAGCUCAAGGAGGCUUUGUCGGUGUGGGUGUCAAGGACGCCGAGCCCGUUCAGCCUCUCUGGACCGAUACCCAGCUCGCGCAUGCGGCCCAAGUCGCUGAACCCGAGGUUGCCGACGAAGCGACCGAGGAGCGCGUCAUGCCCAUCGCGGCGGCUGCGGCUUGAGCUUUUCUUCCAUACCUAGGUGUCCAUCGAAAAUGUGAGAAUGGAAGUCACAAGUGCUCGUCGCACUCAGUCAGCGUAUGAGAUGGAAAGCCCACUGUAAGGGUGAGCUGCUGGGGAGAUGAAAGAUUUACAUAUUCCUUGCCUUUUUGUUUCUUUCUUUUUGAAAACGAAACAAAAGGACAAAUGUCCGGCUCGUCAGCCUUUAUAUAUAUACCUACGCACACCCACAUAUAUAUUUUUCCCCUCGAGGUUUUCUUUCCCGCUUCAGGUCGCGAACUGUUGCGGACAAGACAGCAAUGAGAAGACAAUAUAUAUCGCCAAGUACAGAAAAACCUUUGUGCAUCGGC